GCCGAGGUUCAUCUGGACGCUUCGAUUUGGUGGCAGGAAUGGUUUCAAAUUGUGGCAUGCGAGGCUGCGUGCUUCUGGGCCCCACGGCCACGGAGAUGGAUGUGUUGGCUGCUAACAGCAGGCAGGUCGUGUUGAUUUGGUAGAGCUGGAGCAUGUUGGAAGAGCCCCUGGGAGAGCACUGCUGGUGUGGUUGGAAAGCACAGCCAUGUAAGUAGGAUGUAGCAGCUCAUGGGGAGCAGAGCAGUGUGCUGUGGCUGCUCACAACACCUUCAGUCUGCGCCCCAAGCACAGCAGCACUGCGGUGUUUUGCUGGGCUUCGGGUUCCUAAAGAGAAGCAAACCAUUGUGGGAGUUCAUCUCAUCUCCUUCCCCAUGGCCACACGCUGUGUUUGACGCCUGAAUAGCUGCAGAACCAAAGCAGGGCUCAGUGAGGAACCCCCUCUCAGCAUAGAGCUGAAUUAAAAACCACCAGUACCGCUUGUGUGACAACGCUACCACAUCCCUCCAGCCAAAAAAAAAAAAGAAAAGAAAUAAUUCAAGACCUUAACAAAAAUUGGAAACGAAAUCUCCAAGAAGAACAUUUGCAGAUGACGUUUUCAGCUCUGCCUUAUUGACAGCCUGCUUUUCUCCUUGUUUUCUUCCCCGUUUUCCUUUUGGAAGCAGCGGGCACAGAAGCUCACGCUGGCUCCAGCUGAGUGCUUGCUGUUGGCCCUGAGCCUGUUGCUAAAGAUGGACCCUCGGCAGGCUCCUCUGUCAUUGCUUUCAUGUAGUUUCUAUUUCCUUGUGUCUGUGCCUUGGCUCAUCUUGCAGUCGGCUCUCUCAGUUUAACUCCAGCGUUGCGUUCGUUCUCCUGGCUGAAGUAGAAUAGAAGACAUUGGAGAGAUGGAGAGAGGCUGCUGCGGGUCGUGGCUGCUCCUUUCCCCGGGGACAGCACCGGAUUGCUUCCAGCAGGAUAUUUUCAGAUGCUUUGUCCAACCUAGUUUCAAAUGUCUCGAGUGGCCGGGAUUCCAUUCCAACUGCCAGCUCGCAUCUGAAAGUGGAAUACAGGAGAUAGAAUUUGCUCUUUCCUGGGAGAAUUCCCCCACCUGGACACACACAGCUUUGUUUCUUACCCCUAUCUCUACCAGCUCUGUUGCUAUAAACCCACCUGUGCGGUGCUCAGGUUCCCUCAAGGCCUCAACAGAGAGCAUCCAUGGGCAGACAGAGGGAGAAGGUGAUGUGCUUCAAGCAGCACUGCCCUGUGGGACGAGGAGAUGAAUGUUAGAGGUGUGGGAGCUGCAGCUUGCAGGGGGAAACCUCUGAGACAAUCCAUAGUGUGCAAAGCAAGAGGGGCGCCUGGUGCAGCAGGGUGAGGAAGCAGUUUUGUUGGGAGAUGGAGUUAGCACAGCCUGUUCCUGAGGUGCUCCUGAAUACCCGAAUUUGGUGCUCUUCCCUUCACCGUGCUGAGAUCGUAUCUUACUGUUAAUUAUGGUGAGGGUGCUUAGCAGCCAUCUAUGGGGCAGUGUUAGAUUCAGUGUUAGAUCCAGAUGGCUGGCGAUGCUUGCAAAGUUAAGGGGUAAGAAUUGACCCCAUUUGUGUUCAUUGGGCAGAACUGGUCCCGGUCUCUGAAGUGCUGCAUUCCCACUCAGGGCAGAUUCUCACUGGAAUGCUUCACUCUGGGUGUGAGCUCGUUGCAUCACUGUGUCAUGCUGGACCUCUCACUGUGGGCUGCCUGCUGUUGUUGGGUGUGGAAACGAGGAAGGGGAAGAGAAUGCUGCUCGAGUGUAAUUCUUGGUUCUGUUACCCACUUCUGACUGAUAAGACCCGAUUUGGUCCAUUCAAAGGUGGUCAGAUGAAUGUUUCUGCUUCCCUUGCAGCUUGCUAUGGGAUUGUCCAGGUUCCUACUGGACCGUGGUUCUGUCGGAAAUGUGAAUCUCAAGAGAGAGCCGCCAGGGUGAUACAGCUUGUAAGCAGCUUUGAGGUUCCACCACAAGCGUGUGCGUUGGCUAAAUAUUGACGUUUCUACUUUGAAAGCAAGAUAGGAAGGUGCAAAGGAUGCUGCCCUCCUUGAGAACUUUGCGGUGUCUGCGUCUGUGCUUUAAGGGAGGUCCGUCUCUUUGGUUUUGGAAGGAGCUCAGUGCCCUGACCGCAGUGGGAUGCUCCCAUGGCGCCGUCCCUGAGUCCACAGCCCUUGGGGAGGAGGGGGAGGGGGGGUCGGGAGCUCCAACCUUGCUUUUAAUCAACCAACUCCGCUCUUUUCCCGAAGAAUUGAAGUAAAAACCCCGGAGGCUGCACAGGUUGAGCGAAAGGAGGAGGUACCGUUAAUCCCUGCCCGCAUCCCGGCUCAGAUGUGCGGGUCCCUAAAGGAUGCAGCCGAUGCUUUGUGCUUACCUGUCUCAGUUCACCCGGUUGUUUUUUCUGUCUUGGCUUUCCAUGCUAAUUGUGAGAGCCUCUCCGUCAGUCUGGACCCAAGCAGCAGCAAUGCGAACUGUGUAUUCCAAGCAAAGUUGCAGGGAAAGCGAGAGAUGUGAGCUGUGUCCCCACAAAGAUGGAGCCCUGAAACGGACUGACAACGGAGGCUGGGCCCACGUUGUGUGUGCUCUGUACAUCCCCGAGGUGCAGUUUGCCAACGUGCUGACCAUGGAGCCCAUCGUCCUGCAGUACGUUCCGCACGACCGCUUCAACAAGACCUGCUACAUCUGUGAGGAGCAGGGCAGGGAGAGCAAGGCAGCUUCUGGAGCCUGCAUGGCGUGCAACCGGCACGGCUGUCGGCAAGCUUUCCAUGUCACCUGUGCCCAGAUGGCCGGCCUCUUGUGUGAGGAAGAAGUCCUGGAAGUUGACAAUGUCAAGUAUUGUGGCUACUGCAAGUACCACUUCAAUAAGAUGAAGACCUCACGGCACUCUGCAGGCAGCUCCUUCAUUGCUGGGAGGAGGAGCAGGUCCACGUCCCCCACCCAGGAGAAGCACGUGUCCCACCACGAAAGGCCAAAGAAGAGUCGUAAGGACAAAGAAAGACCCAAACAGAAGCACAAAAAACGUCCAGAAUCUCCCACCAGCCUUCCAACACCCACGGUGCCCAUCGCUGCAGAAAAGGGCUCCACCAGCCACCAUGAGGGGAGCAAAGAGACCUCAGAGGUCGGGAGAUCAGAGGUGAAAGGCAAGAAGUCCUCGAGUCAUGGCAGCAGCCACAAGGGGAAGAAGACGGGGAGCGGGAAGAACUCGGCUGGGUUCAGCUCUGCAUCUUCCAGCAGCACCUUCCAGCCUGCAGGCACCUCCUGCAGCUCCUUGCAAUGCUCCCAGGAUUUCAUGGCGUUCCCCAAGCUAGAGCAGGACGACGAGAAGUACCGCAAGCCCGUCUCCUCCUCUUCGUCUUCCCACUGCUCCCCGCUGUAUGAAGGCCAGAAGGGGGACAUCUUUGAGCAGAAGGUGAUCUUCUCAGGCUUCGGGUCCAUCAUGCGCUUUUCCACCUCUGCUGUGAGCCAGCCGAGGGGCCGCGAUGCUUCCCCUGUGGAUUACAAAGCCUCAAACCCCAUCGGUGGCCCUUCAGCAACGGGCAGCGCUGCCACAAGCAGCAGCCACAAGCGUAUGCCAUCCCUCAGCAUGGAAGAGGGAGAGGUGCUGAAGGAAAAGAAGCACAAAGGCAGCAAGAAAAACAAGCACGGGCCUGGCAGGCCAAAAGGGGGCAAAAGCAAAGAGAUGUUGGGUGCCCAGCUGGCUGGGUCCACGUCGACAUCCUCGUCGCCGUUCUCUGGAGGUUCUCUCGUCAGCUCCAGCAUCAGCAACUCUUCGCGGCCCUUCAGCCACACGGGGAACCUGCCCAGCCUCAGCUUGGAGUCCCCGCUGCUGAGUUCAGGGAUCUACACCAGUAACAAGGACCCUAUUUCCCACGGGGGUGGAGUGCUCCGCGCUGUUUGCAGCACACCCCUCUCCUCCAGCCUUCUGGCACACCAGGGCACCGCUUCCAUCCCGCCGCUCAACCGCUCUCCUUUCGCGAGCACCAUCCCCACCUCCUCCUCCUCCUCCGUCUCCACCACGCAGGUGUUCUCUCUGGCAGGUUCCACGUUCAGCCUCCCCUCCUCACAUAUUUUUGGAAGCCCCCUCACAUCUGGGCUGUCCAUCAACCCGCUCUUAAAUCAGUCGGAAAGCAGCCGGGCAGAGCCCGACCUGGAGGACUGCAGUUUCGGCUGCCGAGGGACUUCGCCCCAGGAGAGUCUCUCUUCCAUGUCCCCCAUCAGCAGCCUGCCGACCCUCUUUGACCAGACGGUGUCCUGCAGCAGCAGCGGGCAGCUGGAAAAUGUCCCCCAGGCCACCCCCAACAUCGAGCAGCUGCUGGAGAAGCAGGGCAAUGGGGAAGCUGGCGUUAACAUUGUAGAGAUGCUCAAAGCUCUGCACUCGCUGCAGAAGGAGAACCAGCGGCUCCAGGAGCAGAUCAUGACGCUGACAGCCAAGAAGGAACGUUUGCAGCUCCUCAACGUCCAGCUCUCUGUCCCUUUCCCGGUGGUGACCAGCAGCAACGGGCCUGGCAGCCAAACCCAUUACAUCCUGCCCAGCAACGUGUGCAACAAUGAUUCCCUGAGCAUCAGCAAGAGCCCCCCCUGCAAGAACAGCUUUGGGAUUGAGAACUCGCUCUCCACUUCCUCUGAGGACCCUCAUUCAGGUUGCCCCAGCAGGAGCAGCUCUUCCCUGUCCUUCCACAGCACUCCUCCACCCCUGCCCAUGCUGCAGCAGAGUCCUGCCUCGCUACCCCUUCCCGGGGUGCAGCAGGUGAAUGGCCUGGCCAGGGUGGCAGGCAGCGGGCUGGGGGGUGGCACCACUGCCAGCCACAGCCUCUCCACGGUGCCCAUGGUGGACGGCCUGAUGGGGACCGUGGCAGGAGGUCAGCAGAUGCCCAUCAACGGGAUCCUGGGGAAUCUGAACGGAGCUCAGGCCGCCCAGCCUCCAAGCGCGCUGACGCAGGCGAGCGGCCCUCCGACCUUGCAGCUCUCCACCAGCCUGAGCAGCAUGCCGAGCCUGAGUCCCCUGACAGAGCAGCAGCGGCACGUCUUGCACCAACACGAGCAGCAGCUCCAGCAGCUCCAGCAGCUCCUGACUUCUCAACCGCUUAAUCCGGAGCAGCAGGCCCUGGUGUUCCAGAUGAUGCAGCAAAUCCAGCAGAAGAGGGAGCUGCAGCGGCUGCAGAUGACGAGCUCAUCCCAGCUAUCCAUGAGCAGCCUCCUGGCAGCCACCUCCACCCCCCUCCUGCACUCCAGCACCAGCGCCCCGAUGACCUCGGCCCCCCAGCAGCCCCCCAACAGCAGCUCCCUCAUGGCCUCCCUCUCCCCCCAGCAGCUCAACCCUAGCAAUGCCCUCCUGGCUCCACCACAGGCCACCCCACCGCUCAGCGCUCCUGGGAGCAGCCUCAUGGCUUCGGGGACAGGCAUCCCUCCCGUCCUCACAGCACAGACUAACCCGUUUCUCAACCUGCAGGCUGAUGGCAACACCCCAAAAGGAACGAACAUGAAUGAAAAGGGAGCUCCUCUUACCCAAGACAAGGGCUAAGCUCCCUCUCACCCUGAACAAACCAGCAGCCAACUCCUCUCAGCCAGGGGGAAUGUGGCUUUCCACAGUCAGCAGCUUUGGUACUGUUAGAGCAAUGAGCACAAGGCUUCCGAGAAGCAUUUCCUGCUGCUGGGCAAUGCCAAGAGGUGCUUUGGAAGACAGUCCGUCUCCGACCAAGCCCUGCUAUCGGGAGGAGCGAAGGUGGGGGGCAGCUUUGCCACGCUGCUCCGUGCCCCACGUGCUCAGAGCGAAGCCGUGUUUCCAGACAGAGUAGAGGAGAGUUAACACCGCGUGCCACCAACUGCUGUGAGCACAGGAGCGUGUUCUGUGUGUGCACUGAGAGCACGGAGCAUCCUCAGCCGAGAGCUUGGUGGAGGGGGGGGCACCCCCUGCUGAGGACACUGGUGUGCAGUGCAGGGGGACGUGGAGGUGCCCUCGGAGGCAGCGCUGGAUGGGACCCACCUGGGGAUGCUGUGGUGGUACCUACGUGGUCUGCUCCUUCCCGCUGGGGAGGUGAAGAUGUUCCACAGAUGUUCUCGCCUGCUGGGCCCUUGGGAUGCUCUUGGGAGCCGUCACACGAUGCCCUUUACACCUCAGCUGGAUGCAGCCCCAGCCUGAAGGACACGGGUGGUGGAGCGAUGGGUGAGGAGUGGUGUUUGGAGAGCUGCAAGCUGCUGCUGCUGUAAAGGACGCGGCCAUGCAGCUGCUGGUGGGUCAGUGCUGUGCUUGGGGCGUGAAAAGCACAUUCCUGCUCCUCGUGCUGCCUCUCUUUCCUUCUAAGAUGUCCAAAGCCCGACGUUCAGCUUGCAGAAAGGGGCUGUGGUCGGUGUUGCCCCAUCUCAGCCGUCUCCUGAAGGCGCGUUGAAUCUGGCUCUGACAUCCCAAGCCUCAGCUGGGCAACAGAAACGUGCGUGCAUGGAAAAGACAGCCCCAGUCGUGGUGCAUCCUUUCCCCACCACAAAUCGUUCCAGUCUGGCAAAAAAAACCAACCAACCAAACCAACAGAAAACCAACCCCAAGGAACGGCGUUCUUCCAUGUGUCUUAGGCACUGAGAGAGGGGAUCUCCAAGCAGCAGGGCGUCGUUGAGCUCCACGUUGGGGCAUUGGAGCCUUUGUUCUCUUCCACCUUUUGACCUUAACUCCGUCUCACAGUCCAGAACCUCAGCGAGGAGCUUCUGCUUCUGAGCCCGGAUGUCACAGAUGGACGGCAGGGCAGGUGGGGCUGCUCUGAAGGUGGGGAGCAUUACGUCAAACGUAGACGUGCUCCUCCUUUUCCUCUUCCCAGUUCUCCUGGGGGGGAGGAGGUGGGGGACAGGGGUAAAAACUCCAGCAGACAGAAGCUCCGAGGGUCUUAAAAUGCAACACGUGGGCAGACCUGAAUCUUUUUCAGCACAUUCCCACUGCCCCUAACUGGUUUGCACUAUUCGAAUUUGUCAGCAGUGGGUCUGUGCUGAUGGGAAUAGAAGGCUGGUGGUGGGCAGAUCUCAUCUGUGAUGUCUUUUUUUAUUAUUUUAUUUUUUAUUUUUUCUUAUUUUGGUUUGGUUUGUUGCUUGCUGUUUGGGAAAUGAUCACCCCGAGGGUUGGAUAAAGCUAAAGACCAGAGGGAAAAGCUCCAUUCUGAUCUGCCGUUCUGCAAACUGGGCAGCACGCAGCCGUCUGCUCGGAAAUACGUUGUACACCGUUUGGAUUUCAAUUCUUGAAAUGCAGGAAAGCUGACGUUUUAACAAGGUUAGGAAGGAUGGGGAUGGCAGCUAACAAGGAAAAAUCGAACCCGAGGACAAAAAAGCUCCCCCUCCUCGUGGUCCCUGCAGCGCAGCCCCAGCUCUGAGCACCUCCUCCCCGUUGCAUCCAUUGGGGCUGGGGAUCCGCCAGCAGCUGUGAGCUCUGCCUGCUGCUGCCGUGCUCACCUGGGGCUCUGAUUCAAUUCUGACGACGCUUCUUUUUCUUUUUUGUUUGUUUUUUUUUCCACUGGGAGGCCCCUAUGGGGAGGUGCCACCUGCUGACCCGCUUCCCCGGGCGCAUGCAGGCUGCUGCAGAGCGGAGCCACGUCCCAGCUCUGCAGGGAAAGACCCGGGAGCAGGAGGGGAGCAGGGAAGGAAAGGGCUCGAUGGGUUCCAGCGGCGUGGCUCUGAUCAGCAAAUCAAAGCCCUUGCUUGGAUCCGUGGCUCAGCACCCCGAUGCUGAGCGCCAGCGGGAAGCCGUGCGGUCAGGAGAGGCUCGUAGGGCAGGUGAGAGCCCCGCAGAUAAAGCACUUACACAUUCCUCGGGGCUCUUGCUGAGAUGCCAGCCCCUCUCAAGGCCCCUCCUGCACCCUGAGGUCCCUUUGGGCAACGGGGAGGGCGGGGGGGUCAGCAGCGAGCACCCGUAUGGCUGUGAAGAGAGGAGGAGGAGGAGGAAGGAAAAGAAAAGCUAAAGAUGAGCUGUGUUUCAGUUGCACUGGGGUACGUUUCUUUACCCAUUUUGAUGCUAAUGUCUCAUUUAGUACGUUGCAUGUGUCUUUCUUUUGUUUUGUUCUGUUUCGUUUUUUUUUUUUAAUUAAAUAAAAGAGGAAAAAUGUGUA